UUACGACUGCAAACUAGCAUCUACAUACAGACUUAUAUAAUCUAAAUCUGAUUCUACCAACUGUCAGAUGAACUUAAAAAAAAAAAAAAGCAAAUCCAAAUUUCCUUACGACGGAUGGUAGAUAGUCUCCUUCUACAUUUUUUUUAUCUACUUCCUUUCAUACAAAAAGACAAUUUUUAAAGUCUAAGACUCGUUUCGUUGUGUGCGAGCCACAGAUUUGCAAACAAGAUCAUAGUUCAAGGUUGGGGUCAAGCCAUGCGGGGUCAAUGUUCACAGAGGGUAUGACCCAAGGGAGACAAUCUGUAUUUAUGAUGGCUCCAAAGCAAAAUAAGCCGAGAUCGAAGGAGAAAGUGCAUCCAAAAGGCGAAUCCUCCACAAACGACUUUUUCGUCUUUCCACACAUUGGGUGGAUGAUCUUAGUUACUUUUGGAUUAUAUCUUCUUUUUACUUCAACAUUUUCACCAGAAAGUGCCCUUCAGUACAUUCCAUGGCCACUUUGUGACUUUGUCUACUACAUGGGCAAGCAACACUCACAAAUAUGCAGUCUAUUAUGCGUGUCAACAGCUGUGAUUCAUUCAUUGGAAGCAGCCUAUGCAGGAAAGGUUUGUCAAGAUAAGAAAAUGACACCCAUAGCAACUGUCAAGUGGACCCUCAUGACCUUUCUAUUUGGCUUUGCCUCAUUGACACGUUUGUGUGCUUACAAGCCUAAUAUCAAACAACCUUGACAGAGGAACUGCUACCUGCAGUACUGAUUAGAUGUUGUGAAUGAAACAGCUAAUUGUGCUAGAAAUAGAGACAUUACUUUUCAUGACCAUCCUGAAGAUGUUCACUUGCUCUUCUAUAAAUAUUUUUUUAAUGAAAAAAUGUAUUUUGUUUGGCAAUAUAGCACCCCUGUUUAUGUUUUUUAAGUCAUGAUUCUUAUUGUUACUUAUUAGAAAUAUUGUCGGUUUUAUAAACCUGGGAUAUUUGCCCCUUUUUUAGAAAGGCCAACUUUAACUGUUUUGGUGCAGUCAGAAAAUAAAUUUUUUUAAGAGUAAUACUCUGAAUUAUUUAAUCUUAAUUUUUUUAAGAAGUUUAUUCACUUUUAAAUUUCAUGCAUCAUUUUUUAAACUACCACUCUUCUGUGAAGCUGGUGUCUGAUUAAGUAGGAAAGUGUUUCCAUUUAUGGGGCGGGUAGGAGGGAUGAUCAGGGGGAGGAAACUGGAGUACCCAGAGAAAACACCUGACAUCUAGCCCUGUAAGCAGGUGUCGCAGAGAAUGCCCUGAGACAUCUGGACCUUUUCAUUACAAUAAGUGUCUUAACCACUACAUUACUGGGCACCCCUGCAGUGAAAUUAAUUUGCUCAUCUAAAAUAUAUCUAGAAUAAUAGUAAUGAGUUCCCCUUCUCAUUAAAUUUAUAUUACAGUAAAUAAACAUUUGCUGUGUAAAAUGUUACAUUGGUACUGUGUCUCUCUGUAUUGAUAGCUGCAACUCAAACAACAAACAACACACAGAAUUUUUAACAAAACUCAUUUAUUACAAACAUAUUAAUAUAAGCAAGAAACCAGCCACAAAUGGAGUAUCAGGAAAUAAUACAAAUCAUAGCCACAUCACUUGCACAGGCAGUUGGAACUUAAUCUCCAUGGACUAUAUUUCAGUCUUUAUAUCUUUAAAAAUAAAAUAAUCUUUAAGAAUACAAAGAGUAAAGCAAGAAAUUCAGGAAGAUUGAGUCGUGUAUCCUACCAGUCUGUGAUCAGUAAUGUAGCAGAUUGCUGUAGAAAGAAGUUGGAUAGAAAAGAUAAUUUUGCAAUAUUAUUUUUGCUCUAAAACAAUUCCAUGCCAAUAAUAUUUUUAAGCAUUAUGCUCGGAGAAAGUUUGCAAAUGAUUGCAUAUAGUAAAACAGUGUCUAAGUAUUUUCUUACUUAUGUAAGAAAACUAAAGUUUUGGCAAACUUUUGUAAAAUAAAUAUUUCAGGUGAGUGUAUCAAAUUUGUACAUUAAAUAUAAUUUUCUCAUGUCAAUAAAUUUAAUGUAAAAACAGUGUCAAACACACUUUAUUAGCACAAAAAUAUAUAUCAUGAAACUAAAACUGUAACAGAUGCCAUUUUAAAGAAAAUUUUACAAUAUCAACCAUAAAAAACAUAUUUCU